AUGGAUAAUGAGCAACAGUCAGUAAGUAGUGAUACCGAGUUGGAAAGUGGGACACAAAGUAAUGUUAGUGACGUAGUUCAGGAAGUACAAUGUGAGAAUCUGGGGGCAGAAGGACAAGAAAUGUUGCCAUUGCCACCCAGUGAUUCAGUUGAUAGCGGAAAUACUGUGCCAUCCGCAAGCACUGGACACGGACCAGAGAGUGGUGAGGUGUCAGAAGUGCAAUCAUUAAGAGUUAUGUUCGAGCGCAUGCUCAAUUUCCAAGCUGAAUUUGUACGUGUGCAAGCAGAGCGUGAUAGAGAACGUGAUGCUAAACAAGCAGAACGCGAUAGAGAACGUGAUGCUAAACAAGCAGAACGCGAUAGAGAACGUGAUGCUGAACAAGCAGAGCGUGACCAGAGAUUGGUAGCUGAAUUUGCAUGUAUGCAAGCAGAACGCGAUAGAGAACGUGAUGCUGAACAAGCAGAGCGUGACCAGAGAUUGGUAGCUGAAUUUGCCAAACAAGCAGAGCGCGAUAGAGAACGUGAUGCUAAACAAGCAGAGCGUGACCGACGCCUGCAUGAGAGGGACUUGCAGUUGAUGCAAACUUUAGAAGUUAUGCAAAGUGAGAUUGUUAGUUUGAAACAAAAAUAUGAAACCAUACCCAAAACGGUGCAAGAAUUAAGCGAAAGAGUAGAUAGUGUUCAAGUGGCUAACGCCAAUAUAGUAGAGGAAAUCAGUGUCCUGACUAAUAGGGUCGAACAACUAGAAAUUGACACAACUCAAGUAAUUGAGAACAAAGUGAUCGAACAAGUGCACAAAGUAGAAAAUGAAGUCAUAAAAGAAAUAGAUCAGAAAGUGCACGCCGCAAUUGAGGCCAGAGAUGUGAGCUCAAGUGCGGAUGUGCAAGACCUAAAAAGGAUAGUGCACAAAGACAUUCUGCUGUGGUAG